GUGAGCCUGAGCAUCGCCACCCACCACAGCAGACAGGUGGCUGUGGAGCUGGAGGGCCUGAAAGCAGCCGUGCUGGAAAGAUCAUUGAGUUGAUGGAGACCAUCUCGCUGGAUGCCGACUGGAGAAACGUCCUGGCGUACAGCAUAGAUGCCAUCCGUUGCCUCAGUGACCUGAAUCUCAGCCUGGAGCCAGCUCUGGAGUCGUGCCUCCUGUGGGCCGCCAUGGAAAAGAGCUUCCUGGCCACAAGGCAUGAGAACCAUCACAACCAGGUCAUGAACUGGCUGUACGAGGAGUACCGGGAGGGUCUGCUGUGCUGCGUCUUGUCAGUGCCCCCAGCCUGGGCAAAACUCUACUCCAUCUGGGAGCACUUUACAUCGUGGAUUGAGCUGCCGGAUGCCCAGCACCAUGCACUGGGUAUGAAGAUUUUCACCAGCAUCAUUGCCUUUGCUGUCCAGCUCCUCCCACAGUUUGAGGGCUCCCCUGACAUACCAGAGGUGGGAGACAUGGCAGCCCACCUGGGUCUGUCCAUCAGCAACCUGGUGGAGAGCAUCAGCUGCAAGGCCAGGGAGGGCGUGUAUUGGCUUGCUCAAAUCCUCCUUCACCAGAGUGGCCAAGACAUACAAGGGGCAGAGGAGCUGUGGUGCAAGUGCCAGAUGCAGCAGAGACAGGUCCAGAACUACAGGGACCUGGUGAGAGUUGGAGAGGGGCUGAGAAAGAUCUUGCUGGAGGAGCAAAGGAUAUCUUUCCUUCAGAGGGCCCUUCAUGCAGUUCACAAUGAACACAUGCACAUCAGCCAAGCUGGGCUGGUCUUCCUCUAUGCCACCCUGGGGGAAGCCAGACGCUUGAUGGGGCACAAGGAGAAAGAAAUCCCCGUCAGGGUCCUGAAUAAGCUGUUUGCCAUCACCUGCUUCAAAGAUCUGCAAGGACACAGCCUGCUCGCCAGCUCCUCUGGGGCCCCCUCCUCUCUCCAGCCACCCACGCUUGGUCCUACAGGUGCUGUCCUGUCCCCUCUGCCCUUGAGGAACAGGGAUCAGUGGGAAGGGAUGGGGAGGCUCGCAGCACUAACACAGACCUGCUCCCUGCCGUGUGUGGGCAAUUCUCCCCUGUGCCCCCAGAGAAUCCUGUCCUAA